GCAUCCGGAAUUUGGAGAUAAACAUUCUAGUCCACCUAUUCGAAAUGAAACUAGCAAUUUUGGUGGUGGCCGCAGUAGCGACUGCACUACCUACGGACGAGCCUUAUGGCUACCACAGGAAAGUUGGCAUCAAGUUAGCAGAAAGUAUAAGACAGGCAGAACUAGCCAGGGACUUCGAUGGCGCGAGGAUCACUGGCGGCGCUCCAGCGCCGCUGGGUGCUCAUCCUUACAUUGGUGGUCUGUUGAUUGCAUUGCGAUCAGGUUGGACAUCAGUCUGCGGCUCCUCAUUGAUAUCCCAUACAAGAGCAAUAACAGCCGCCCACUGCUGGUUCGACGGCCGGGAUAGUGCACUUGGCGUAACCAUAGUGUUGGGCAGCACGCGUCUCUUCACUGGGGGCGUCAGAGUCAACUCAACUAACGUGGAAAUCCAUGAACAAUACAAUCAUAGAAACCUCAUCAAUGAUAUAGCUAUGAUCUAUCUGAGCUGGAUACCGUUUACACCUGUGAUUCAAGCUAUCGACUUGCCCACUGGCUCCUUGAUCCACGAUAGCUUCGCCGGCCGCGGGGCGUGGGCGUCUGGCUUCGGAAGACUUGGUGAUUUGUCCGGAAUCUACGUCCAUCAGUACCUGAGCCACGUGUUUGUGAACGUGAUAGACAAUAUAGAGUGCUUCUUGAAUUAUCCUGCUCAUGUUUUCCCCUCUACAAUAUGUACCAGCGGUGUGGGCCACAUUGGGCCCUGUCAAAGUGACUCUGGUGGUCCACUGUCCACUUUUGUCGACGGAAGACCUGUGCUGAUUGGAGUUACUUCAUUCGUAUCAGGUUUGGGCUGCCAAGCAGGAAGACCUGCAGGGUAUGCGCGUGUGACAUCCUACGUACCUUGGAUUCAAUCGCGAAUGUGAUGACAACGAAUACAGAACUGAAAAUUAAAUGGUGUCAAAUAAAACUUUUUUAUAAUGA